AUGUCAGAAAUUAAAGCAUGGGCAGUUUUGGCUGAGUAUCUUGGAAUUAUCAUCUUUGUCUUUAUCAGCCUCUCAGCUACAAUAGGGGACCUAAAUAAUUCUUAACCUGACCAACAGAUAAAAGAGGGAUUUGCCUUUGGCUUGUCCAUUGCCAAAUAAACUCAGUGUAUAGGUCACAUAAGCGGUGCCCACCGGAAUUCUGCCACCACCCUGGGACUCCUGGCCAGCUGCAAGAUGAGUAUGCUCAGAGCCUUUUUCUACAUGAUAGCUCAGAUUUCAGAAACAAUGGCUGGCAGUGCCAUUGUGCAUGGUAUCAGGCCAAAAACAUAGAUAGCCAAUCUGUUUUCUCCUCUACUGCCGCUAAAUGGAAUUGGCGCACUCCAAGGUUUCUGUGUGAAAUUCAUGCUCACCCUCCAGUUGGUCCUGUGUGAGCUUGCUGUCACAGACAGAAGAUUUGCUUUCGGAUUUGUACCUUUGGCAAUAGGAUUGUUGUUGCACCUGGGCCACCUUGCUGGGCUGAGAAGCAAAACUAUUUCUACCAUCCAUCAAUUUGAUGCUUGCACAGGAACUCACCAUUGGCAGGGCUCAAUCCAAGGGCCGGGAUAG